AUGCGGAAGGAAGCAGACGACGGGAAUUCUAAGAGAAAGAAGAGCAGACGCUUUAGGGUGGGGGGUGGGAUGGUGUCAGAGAAUGAGAAGUGGAACAGACUUGAUGAAUACCCACUACUUCCUGUCCAAGCUGGGAGAACCGGGACCGGCACGGCCUCAGCAAACACCGCCCCUGGUGUUCACACUGGAGCACCGCCGUCGUCUCCAGUGAAGACCCGAUUAGCACAACUGCCAAAGCCAGACGUGCACUUCGAAGUGAAGUGGCGACGGCGGUCCUCCUCUUGCUCUGAUCCACAACAGCGCAAGCCGCUCUCGCCAAAGUGA